AUUCCCACCAUGGCCUGGGCCCCUCUGCUCCUCACACUGCUCACGUAUUCCUCAGGGGUCAGUUCGCAGCCCGUGGUGACUCAGGAGCCCUCGAUGUCGGUGACCCCAGGAGGGGCUGUCACUCUGUCCUGCAGCCUGAGCCCUGGAGCCAUCACCACCGGCAGCUAUCCAGCCUGGUUCCAGCAGAAACCAGGCUCUGCUCCUCGGACACUUAUAUACAGCACCAUUAGCAGACCCUCCGGGAUCCCUGCCCGGUUCUCUGGGUCCAUAUCCGGUAACAACGCUGCCCUGACCAUCACCGGUGUCCAGGCAGAGGAUGAGGCUGACUAUUACUGUAUUCUGUGGACUGGUAGUCCCGUGGUGAUUCAGGAGCCCUCGAUGUCGGUGACCCCAGGAGGGGCUGUCACUCUGUCCUGCAGCCUGAGCACUGGAGCCGUCACCACCGGCAACUAUCCAGCCUGGUACCAGCAGAAACCAGGCUCUGCUCCUCGGACACUUAUAUACAGCACCAAUAGCAGACCCUCCGGGAUCCCUGCCCGGUUCUCUGGGUCCAUAUCCGGUAACAACGCUGCCCUGACCAUCACCGGUGUCCAGGCAGAGGAUGAGGCUGACUAUUACUGUAUUGUUUUAGCUAGUAAUGCGUAUCACAGUGAUCCAGCCAGAUGGGGAACUGAGACAAAAACCUCCCCUGUCUUCAUCCCCUCCAGCUGGGCUCUGCACUGGCUGCACAGUUUGAUUCCUCCCUUCAAUACAUGA